AAGACGAAGAAGGCAGAACUAAGUAAAAUGAUGAUGGCUGCUUUGUCUACUAAGCCUUCGGUUCUGAUUCGCCAACUGCUGUCUCAGAAACAAGCUACAAAGCCUGAUCAAACAUUCAUUCCUUUCUCUCAACUUCAACAGAUAAAGCUCUUAGAAAACCGUCUCGUCAAUCUUCUUCACGACUGCGACGACCUCAAUCGGAUCAAACAAGUCCAUGGCUAUAUUGUUCGUAAGGGCCUCGACGACUCUUGUUUCGUCCUCACAAAGCUCGUUCGUGCGCUCACUGAAGUCGGCACUCCAAUCGAUUCAUACGCUCGUCUCGUCUUCCAACAGGUGAAACAACCCAACCCGUUUCUUUGGACUGCUUUAAUUAGGGGUUAUUCUAUUCAAGGCAUGUUUAGAAAGUCGAUUCUCACGUACAUUGACAUGAGAAGAAAUGACAUGGGUCCUGUUUCUUUCACUUUUACAGCCAUAUUUAAGGUUUGUUCAUCUGUUCCCGAUCCUGAAUUGGGUAAGCAGUUUCAUGUCCAAACGAUUACUAUGGGUGGUUUCAGCUCGGAUUUGUUUGUGGGAAACUCCAUGAUUGAUAUGUAUGUAAAAUGUGACCUUUUGGAUUAUGCACGUCAAGUGUUUGAUAAUAUGCCUCAAAGAGAUGUCAUCUCCUGGACGUCUUUAAUUGUGGCUUAUGCUAAAAAGGCAGAUAUGGAAUCUGCAGUUGGAAUGUUUGAAAGAUUACCCAUCAAGGAUAUGAUAUCAUGGACCUCAAUAAUUACUGGCUUUGCACAAAAUUCAUUGCCUAAAGAAGCCUUACAUUUCUUUCAGAAGAUGCAAGAUGCGGGUAUUGAAACCGACGAGGUUACCUUAGUCGGCGUGAUCUCCGCGUGUGCACAGCUUGGCACAUAUAAGUACGCCAAACGGGCUCGAGAUGUCACGGAGAAAUCUGGGUUUGGACCGCCCUAUAGUGUGGUUAUAGGGUCUGCUCUAAUAGACAUGUUCUCAAAAUGUGGAUGUAUAGAUGACGCAUGGAAGGUGUUUGAUAAAAUGAAAGUUAGAAACGUAUAUUCCUACAGCUCGAUGAUUCACGGAUUUGCAAUGCACGGUUGUGCUGAUUCUGCUAUGAGAUUGUUCGACGAGAUGAUUGAGAAAGGGACGCAGCCAAACGGGGUUACUUUCAUAGGACUUCUAUCUGCAUGCAGUCAUGCUGGUUUAGUUGACAAAGGAAGAAACCUGUUUGCGGAGAUGAAAGAACGCUUUGAUAUUGAACCGUGGUCAGAUCAUUACGUCUGCAUGGUUGAUCUCCUUGGUCGAGCUGGAUUUCUAGACGAAGCUGUGAAUUUGAUCGAGACAAUGCCUAUUGAACCGACUGGCGGAGUUUGGGGAGCGCUUCUUGGAGCUUGUCGCAUUCAUAAGAAUCCAAACGUGGCUGAAAUUGCUGCUGCGAAUUUGUUUGAGCUCGAACCGAGUUCCAUAGGAAACUACGUGUUGCUUUCGAGUAUUUACGCGUCUGCCAGAAUGUGGGACGAGGUUUCGAGGGUGAGAGUGUUGAUGAGGAAUAAAGGUUUGAAAAAGAAUCCUGGAUUCAGCCGGUUUGAAGGAGAGAAUGGGGAUGUUUACGAGUUUGUGGCUGGUGAUACGACGCAUCCUAAGUACAUUGAGAUUAAACGGGCGGUGGAUGAUUUGUUGAAUCGAUUGUUUGCUCAUGGUUACGAGGUAAACCUGAGUUGCGUUUCUUAUGAUUUGAACGAUGUGGAAAAGAAGAAGAUAUUGUCGGGUCAUAGCGAGAAGUUGGCUUUAGCGUAUGGGCUUGUGAGUACGAGGAAGGGUAGCACGAUAAGGAUUGUGAAGAAUUUGAGAAUAUGUGAAGAUUGUCACUCGGUAAUGUGUUUUACUUCUCGGACUGAAGGCCGAGAGAUUGUUGUUAGAGAUAACUUGAGGUUUCAUCGAUUUAGUGGCGGCAUUUGUUCUUGCGGCGGGUUUUGGUGACGGUUUUAAUUUAAUUAGCCACAUAAAUAAAUUAAUGUACAUUGUUGGAAUUUUGAACAAAAUUCUAUUCUUUGCCUUAAUAUUAUACUCGGUUUUGUUCUUUA